AUGGCGGACAAAAGUUCGAAACCGGAAAUGAAUCCAGGAGACGCCAUUGUCGUUGCUACCGAGGGCCACUCUUCAUCAAUCAGACCGCAGUUCGGUCAACGUAUCAUUGAUAGUUUCAAAAGAGAUCCUCAAUCAUUUACAAAAGAUUUGGACGAGUCCCACGAACUUGAGAAUGGGCCACAUAAUGCACCAGAGCCGCCACUUCAGCGCCGUCUCAAAACCCGGCAUGUCCAGAUGAUUGCAAUUGGCGGUUCAAUUGGAACCGGUCUUUUCGUCGGUUCUGGUAGCACAUUAGCAGCCGGAGGACCAGCUUCGAUCCUAAUCGCCUACACAUUGAUCGGCUGCAUGUUAUUCUGCAUGAUGAAUGCCCUCGGCGAGAUGGCGGUUAUUUUCCCUGUCAGCGGUUCAUUCGCGCAAUAUGCGACGCGAUUUCUGGACCCGGCGUGGGGAUUUGCCAUGGGAUGGAUGUACGUUUUUUCUUGGCUGAUUACGUUGCCGUUGGAAAUUGUCGCUGCGUCAAUCACGAUUGAGUACUGGAAUCCAGGUGUCUCCAGUGCCGUAUGGGCCGCUAUAUUUUGGUUGUUGAUCAUUAGUAUCAAUCUCUUUGGUGUCAGAGGAUAUGCUGAGGCAGAGUUUGUGCUGUCGAUUAUCAAGAUUAUUGCGAUUAUUGGUUUUAUUAUUCUUGGAAUUAUCCUAAAUUGUGGCGGUGGACCACAAGGUCAUUAUAUUGGUGGCCAAUACUGGCAUAAUCCCGGAGCCUUUAAUGAUGGCUUCAAGGGUCUCUGCAAUGUCUUUGUCACUGCAGCAUUUGCAUUCGCAGGUACCGAGCUCGUGGGCCUGACUGCUGCGGAAACAGAAAAUCCUCGUAAGGCCAUUCCAAAGGCUACCAAGCAGGUUUUUUGGAGAAUCUUGUUAUUCUUCAUCGUUUCGCUCAUUAUAAUCGGGCUUUUGGUUCCGUACACGGAUUCGAGACUUGUUAGCGGAUCAUCUAGUGCUGAUGCACAUGCCUCGCCAUUUGUCAUUGCGAUCGAGGAUGCGGGUAUCUCUGGUCUCCCGUCAGUAGUAAAUGUGGUAAUUCUGGUAGCCGUCUUAUCUGUUGGCAAUUCCUCAGUCUACGGCGCAUCCCGCACCUUAUCCUCUCUAGCAGAGCAGGGCCAAGCACCUCGCUUUCUCGCAUAUAUUGACCGCAAGGGCCGUCCCAUCUUGGCCAUAGCUUUGACAUCUGUUUUCGGAUUGCUUUGCUUUCUCGCCGCAUCAGAUAAACAGACACUUAUCUUCGAGUGGUUGAUGGCCAUAGUGGGACUCGGUGAGAUAUUCGUCUGGGGCUCAAUUUGCCUGUGUCAUGUCCGCUUUCGCCAGGCUUGGAAAUGCCAGGGUCGCAAUUUGGAUGAAUUGCCAUUCCGUUCUCAGUCUGGUGUGAUUGGAUCUUGGGUCGGAUUUGGCUUUAAUUGUCUUGUGCUGAUCGCUCAAUUUUGGACGGCUGCUUGGCCAUCUGGAUUUGGUGAAAUGACGGCCAGCUCUCGGGCUAGCACAUUCUUUUCAUAUUAUCUUGCUGCGCCGGUGGUUUUGUUUCUCUAUGGCUCGUACAAGUUUUGGUAUGGAACUAAGAUUGUUCGAGUGCAUGAAGUGGACUUGAUCAGUGGAUGUCGCAUUUUCCAUAUCGAUGAUUUACUCGAGCAGGAGGCUGCGGAUCGUUGCAAACGCUCUGUUUGGUGGAGAAUUUAUCAUAUUUUCUGCUGA